AAGUUGCUUUAUCUCUCUUUUGUUAGCAAAGAAGUCUGUGAUCCCGAUAUCGGCGGCCAGAUCCUUAUGUGUCCCCAGUGUGACAAGCUGUGUCCAUUCUGGAGACUGAAUAUCACCUGUGAGUCUUCGAAGAAAUUGUGCAUCUUUGACAGUUUUGGAACCCUAGUCUUUGCAGUGUUUAUGGGAAUAUGGGUUACGCUGUUUUUGGAGUUUUGGAAGCGGCGCCAGGCAGAGCUUGAGUACGAAUGGGACACUGUUGAGCUACAGCAGGAAGAACAGGCCCGGCCAGAGUAUGAAGCCCAGUGCAAUCACGUGGUAAUAAACGAGAUCACUCAGGAGGAGGAGCGCAUCCCGUUUACUACCUGUGGAAAGUGUAUCCGGAUCACGCUGUGUGCAAGUGCUGUCUUAUUUUGGAUCCUGCUCAUCAUCGCGUCUGUGAUCGGCAUCAUCGUCUACAGGCUGUCGGUGUUCAUUGUGUUCUCUACAACCCUCCCCAAGAACCCCAAUGGGACCGACCCAAUCCAGAAAUACCUGACACCACAGAUGGCCACAUCCAUCACAGCUUCUAUCAUCAGCUUCAUCAUCAUCAUGAUCCUGAACACUAUCUAUGAGAAGGUGGCCAUCAUGAUCACCAACUUUGAACUCCCAAGGACCCAGACUGACUAUGAGAACAGCCUGACCAUGAAGAUGUUCUUGUUCCAAUUCGUCAACUACUACUCCUCGUGUUUCUACAUUGCGUUCUUUAAGGGCAAAUUUGUCGGCUAUCCAGGGGACCCAGUGUAUUGGCUGGGCAAGUACAGAAACGAAGAGUGUGACCCGGGUGGCUGUCUUCUUGAACUGACUACACAGCUGACAAUCAUCAUGGGAGGAAAGGCGAUCUGGAAUAACAUACAAGAAGUGUUGUUCCCGUGAGUACUAGAUCUGCAGUCCUGGGUGUCAGGAUGGAUGACCUGUCAGCCCACCCAC